AUGUACACAGAGAGGCACCUCCUAUUUCUGAGAGUGUCAGAAGAUGUUGCUUUUGUGAAGCCGGCACACCAGCCAUGCUGCUGGCAAGGCUGCAGCGAUGCUGCGUCUUCUACGCUGUGCACAGUCGGAGGCUGGGAACACCCAGCAGCAGAUUCUCCCGGGAAAACUGCCUUUGCGUUGACCCACGCUUACACGUUCUGGUAUUCGCACUGCAGGUACUGGUGGGACCAGCAGCUGGAGCGCCUCAUCCCCAGCGCUGGUGACGAGCCCACCGGUCCCAAAGACCGGGCGACCUUUGGAGCGCUGCAGACGGAGGAGUGGGGACAGUUCAUGCACAUCUGCGACGUGAUCAACGCGACGGAGGAGGGGCCUAAAGAUGCAGUUAAAGCUCUAAAGAAAAAGCUUUCAAAAAACUGUAACCAUAAGGAGAUCAGGCUUACCCUGUCUCUGCUUGACAUGUGUAUGGAGAACUGUGGCCCAAGAUUCCAGUCUUUAGUUGUGAAGAAAGAUUUCUGCAAAGACAAGCUGGUGAAACUACUGAAUCCAAGAUACAAUCUGCCAAUUGACAUGCAGGAGAAAAUCUUGACCUUUAUCAUGACGUGGGCCCAAGGUUUCCAAGGAAUGGUGGAUGUGAGUGAAGUAAAAGAAGUUUAUCUGGAAUUGCUGAAGAAAGGAGUGGAGUUUCCAACUUCUGACACCAGCAGAGGGGGACCUAAGACUUCAUCUCGGCCUUCUACAAAGUCAUCACCAUCUUCUGCUAAUCCCGCGAAACGUUCUUUACUGCCUCUUCCUACAGGCCCAACAUUAUUGUUGACUGCUGAGCAGAUUGGGAAACUGUACAGUGAACUGGAUAUGGCAAAAAUGAAUGUGAGAGUCAUGUCAUCAAUAUUAAAAGAAAACGUUCCUGGAUCUGAAAAUCCGGAUGAUAUGAAUCUUUUACAGAAACUGUAUAAGACCUGUCGGAUGAUGCAGGAGAGGAUCAUGGAAUUGUUGGUGACAGUGGAGAAUGAAGAUGUGAUAGUUGAGUUAAUACAAGUAAAUGAAGAUCUGAAUAAUGUCCUCCUGGGACAUGAAAGGUUCUCUCGAAACAGAGUUCGUUUUUUGGAGAAUCAGAGAAUACAACGUGAACGCGCAGAGCUAUACAGGAAACAGCCAUCUGCUCCCUCAAGUGAUCUACUCGACCUCUCUGUAGAUUCUCCAUCCCCCGUGUCAACAGGGGUGCAAACUGACUCUGCAGUGUCUCCUUCAGGCCUUAAUUGCAUAUCUGCAGAUAUAAACAGGCAUCAUCCAUCAAUUUAUCCACAGAUAGAUUUGGCAACUACUAUAAAAGCUCAGCAAUUCCCAUUUGCAACUGAAGCACAAAACAAUAGUGUAAGCAACCCAGCUGGACAUUCAUAUAGCAAUUUGGCAACUCUUUUAAGCUCAGUGCCUCUGAAUCCAGUAAAUCUGCAGACUGGACAUACUACGUCAUUAAAUGGACCAUCAGCAGCAGCUGCAUCAAAGAACAAGUCACAGUCGCCUCAUUACUAUGAGAUAAUGGAAUUUGAUCCCUUGGCUCCCACUGAAGCUAUUUAUGAAGAAAUUGAUGUCGUGCUGAAGACAGAAGUUAAAAAGGAUACAGAAUGCUGA